CGCAGUUCUGUUUUUAACGUAAACAGCGGUAGCUGGCUUUCUGAUAUAUUUUUGUUAACUUCUUAAUUCUGUAAUAUUUUACGUAUCCGAUCAAAACUUAACCACAGUGUUAUUUAGAGCUACGUAAACAGAGCCGACGGCCAGGUGUGUGAGGCUGCGUGUGUUGGAAAGUCCACGGAAAAGUUAUGGAAAAUGUCGAACCUGAGUUGCCGGACCCGAGUGUUACCGACGCUCAGAACGGACGAGGAAACCCAGUGCCCAAGAAGACACAUUUGACUCAGAUAGAGGUGAUUCCCUGUAAGAUAUGCGGGGAUAAGUCCUCAGGCGUUCACUAUGGGGUUAUUACCUGCGAGGGCUGUAAGGGUUUUUUCCGGCGGAGUCAGUCGUCCAGCGUGUCGUACUCGUGUUCCAGGCAGAGCAACUGUCCCAUUGACCGCGCAAGCAGGAACCGCUGUCAGAGCUGCAGGCUAAAGAAAUGUGUCGCCCAGGGGAUGAGUCGAGAUGCCGUGAAGUUCGGUCGCAUGUCCAAACGUCAGAGAGACUCUCUGUUCGCCGAGGUGGAGAGGCAUCGUCAGCAGCAGCGUCUUCAGUCCAGCCCCGGGGAGGCCCAGCCCGUGCCCCCUUACCGGCCCAUCAAGGAACCCCGCUCACCUCAUCUAAUCCAGCCCCUGGCUCAGGCCUUCCCCUACCCCAUGGACCCUGAGUUUCGCGGAUGUCCGCCGGAGGUGCACCCCUACCUGGCAUGUCCCCCAGGAGAGGUCCAGGCUUCUGCUCUGGCCUACAGAGGCUCCCUGAGGAGAGAUGACAACAGUGGCCACACAGACCGCAGAGGCUUUGAUUCCAGACGAUCAACUCCUGAUGCUGUGCUGAGUAUGCCUGGAGGUGAAAUGGGGUUACGACCUUAUGACCCUGAAGAUCCAUUCUGCUCCUACCCUACCUCACUGCACAUAGAGGAGCUGUGCGCCAGCAUCGUGCGUUCUCACAGGGAGACCUGUCAGUUCCGACCGGAGGAGCUCCAGGCGCUGAAGUGGAAGGUCUUCACCAGGGAGGAGGUCCACGCCUACCAGAGCAAGACAGUGGAUGAGAUGUGGCAGUUGUGUGCGGUACGGUUGACUGACGCAGUGCAGUACGUGGUGGAGUUUGCCAAACGUAUCCCAGGAUUCCGUCAGCUCUGUCAGAACGACCAGAUCGCCCUACUCAAGAGCGGGUCGAUGGAGGUUGUGUUGGUGAGAAUGAGUAGGAUAUUUAACACUGAGAACAGCACCGUGUUCUUCGACGGGAAGUUUGCCGGGACUGAAGUUUUUAAGUCUCUGAUAUGUGCUGAUCUGAUAGCAGCAGUAUUUGACUUCGCGCACAGCAUGUGUGCUCUCAGACUAAGUGAACAGCAGGUGGCGCUGUUUAGCGCACUCGUUCUCAUCAACGCAGAUCGACCAUGUCUAGAGGAGAGAGGAAGAGUACAGAGAGUGAGAAAGGACGUAGAGCUGGCAUUGAGUCACAUCUUACACAGAGACAACCAACAAAGCCUACAGAGCAAGCUGUACGAGAAGAUGGCAGACUUGAGGUCCCUCUGUGCUUUGCACAUGGAGAAACUGCGCUGGUUCAGGCAGCUGUAUCCACUCACCAUGCACUCUCUCUUCCCACCACUGUACAAAGAGCUGUUCGGGUCGGACACCGAAACGCAGACGCUGCCUGCUCACUGAACACACACACACACAUACACACACACAUACCUACAGACACAAGCUCACACAGGUUAACAGACAUACUCAAAUACACACAUACUCAUACACACGCAAAUCAUAACACACAG